AUCUUCGAGAAAGUAAACAAGAAGCAGCCUUUCGCGCUCCUGGGGAAAGGUGUUGAAUAAUACCUUACUUUUUAAAACUUUAAAGAAGAAAAAAAAAACUCGAAAUAGCGACGAUGGAUGUACAAAUGCUCAAGACUCUUGCUCAUAAAUUGGGAUUAACGUCGCCGAGAGUUGUGAGGAAAGCAGAGGAACUGAUACGGCUCUUGGCAGUGCAGGGAGGUACAGGCCUGGCACUUAGCAUGUCAGGGAAGGCUGUCAUUUGCCUGGAAAUUGCUGCAACUCUUGCCUCGUGCUCUUUUGAUAAGACCCUUGCUGUGCGACUCUCAGGACUGACAAGGCCUCAGUAUGUAGCAUCUAGCCAGACAGUCUCUCGUCUUUUGAACGUCUCCUCAAGUGUGUGUGUGGCUGACCUCUGUGUCACCCAUUCAGCGACUGCAGCAAGGGAUCUGGCAGCAAAAGUGCUCAAGCAGUAUGAGGCAGAGAAGAUACAGGGCCAGGUAGACAUAGCCUUACCAGUGUACCAGACAGCUGCCGUUAUUGCUGCAUGCAAAGUAAUGAAGAUUAAGGUGGACAAGCGGCGCAUGUUUGAAACAAGUCGUAGCAAGAGAGCAGUCUAUGACAAAGUGGUUGAGGGCAUGACCAAAGUUGCUGAGUCUCUGCAUUCAGAAAAGGCAACAAAGAGUGGUGGCACCAAGAGAGGCAAGACCCUAAUGGAUAUGGUUGAGGAUAACUUGCGUAAUGAAUCUCCAGAGAAAAAGACAAAGGUGGAAGCAGAGGAAAAGGAUGACAAUGCAAAUGACAAAGAGGCAGAUUUUGAGGAGUGGAAGAGAAAGAUCCUAGAAGCUGCAGCUGCAGCAGAAUAGCAAUAUAUAUGUAUGCAUAUAUAUUUAUAUACAUUUUUAUAGUUUUAGCUAUAUACAUUUUUUAUGUGUUUGAUAGAAGUUCCAUCAUGGUGUCUGUAUUGUUGUUGCAUGUAUGAUGGCUAUGCUUUACUACUUAUUGCAGAUUUUCUGUUGACAGAUAAAACUAUCUUUCUCAUUGUCUAAUUUUUCUUUUUAUUGUAGCCAUCUCUUUGUUAGGUCUUUUUAUGGUGAUAAGUGCUUCUUGUGCUAUAUUAUGAUUGGUCAAAUCAAUCAUGUAAAGUGUAUGUAUUACAUAGGAAUACAUGCUUUUGUAUUUUUUAUUAAUAUGUCUUCAAAUUAGGACCCAAAAGAAUUUUCUUUUCACUUAUGUUUUAGUAUUUCUUGCAUUUGUAUAGAAAUUUGUAACCUUUUUUCAUGCAUUGAUUUCUGACAGAUGGUCAUAGCUAUUAUAUUCAGUUCAGAUUAUGAUAUGAACAACUGAAAUUUAGUUAAGUAUGAUUUGUUUCACUUUAUCAAAUCUAAUUUUAUACAAAUUGUCUACCUGAAAGUUAACUGCAUACAAAAGUUAUAUGUAUUUUUUAUUCUUUUUUACCUUUGACUUUGUAUUGAUAUGCAAGAUAAAUACAAGAAAUUUUAGUA